UCAGAGCGGCUAAUAUUAGAUCCAGGCUACCCAGAAUACCCAGCUCUCUGCCAGUUGACUGUGGCGGUCGGAGUGUUUGGGAUGGGUUCUAAAUAUAUCUUGCAGGACACAACUGAGCAGUUUCCUGGCACAAGAAGUCAGUUUCUUCUAACAUGGAUUUAGGUGAGGGAGCAUGCCCAGGCUCUAACACUGCGCAGAUGGACAAGGCAAGGAGCCCUCCACCUGAUGACGGAGGGGACGACCCUGUCUUCCUGCAAGUGGGUUGUAAGUCCUUUAGUGUCCACCGGGAAGCACUAGCCAACAUCAGCCCUUACUUCCGGGCUCUCUUUUACGGUGGCAGUCGGGAGAGCAGGCAGCACCACAUUGAAAUUCAAGGAGUUGGCUUGGAGGAAUUCCAGCAGCUGAUGGACUUUGCGGAGACAUCAAAGCUCACUCUGAACCAAGACAAUGUGCUGUCCAUUUUAGAAGCUGCCAACUACCUACAGAUGGAAAGAGCCAGGCUGCUGUGCUGCAAGUUUCUAGAGCGGGAGCUGUACAUUAGCAACUGCUUGGGCAUGAUGGCAUAUGCCUGGCAUUUGGGCUGUAUGGAGCUGUACCAGGCGGCAAGAGGCGUGGUGCUCACACACCUCCCGGCUCUGGCCUGUGAAGAGGACUUUGUGUAUCUCCCGAAGGAAAAUGUGGCGGAGCUGCUGUCCAGUAACCAACUCUGGCUUCCACGGGAGGACCUGGCCUUUGAAGUGGUUCUCAGGUGGGUGGCACAUGACCCUAGCCGCGAAAAAGACUUCCUGGAGCUGGCUGGUCUGGUGCGGCCCGAGUGUCUGAGCAUCUCUUAUGUGGGGGAAUUGUUGAGCAGCGUCCGUGGUUCUGAUCCCCGUGCCAAACUCAUCUGCAAGCUGGAUGCCAACCCACCUCCAAGCUGGACUCUGCCCAGACCAGUGGCUCGUCGAAAUCGAGCACAUGAAACAUUGUAUGUGCUGGGUGGUCGCCAUGAUCAAGAAAAGCAGCAUUUAUUUCAGUUUCACCCACGUAGCGGCAUGUGGCAGCCAUGUGCCCCACUGCAGCGCCGGAAUCUGACGCAAUACGCUGUGGCAGCCGUAGGGAAUGCCAUCGUGGUGACAGGCGGUUACUUUCUGGACGAGGUGGUGUGGUACAGCGUGGACUGGGUGCUUAUGUUUCUCUGCAGAGAGGGGCGUUGGACAGAAGGGCCCUCCUUCAAGAAGUCCAGGCACAGCCACUGCGCAGUGGGCAUUAAAGACCAACUCUUCAUACUGGGAGGCAGCAUGGAUAGUGGACCCAUCACAGAUGUGGAGAGUUUUCAGCUAGGCGCUGAGAGCUGGGAGAGUGCCAGUCCUCUCAUCCAGGCCGUGGAGAGGGCAGCAGCCACUAGCCUGGACUCCACCAUUUAUGUAGCUUGUGGCCUAGAUGAAAAUGGAGACGUGUACAAAGGCAUCCAGCGGUUUCGUGUAGACCAGGACCAGUGGGAUGUUGUCUCCUACUCCCCAUUUCCACGGUACGACCUUUGUGCCACAAUGCUGAAUGGCGCCCUUUACCUAGUGGGAGGUAAGGCCUUACGUCUGGACAUAGACACUGAUGAGUGGACACUGGUGGAAGGGCAGUGUUUAGACCAAAAGUUUUUUAUGGGUUGUGCCACGGUCAAUGGGCAAGUGUACAUAGUAGCGGAACGGCACAGAAACCAGGCCCUUCCCAACAUGAUCCUUCUGGACCCCUAUACAGACAUCUGCAUGGAGGUUGAGGAUGCCAUGCCCUGCCCUCUGCCCAUCCAUGGUUGUGCCAGUGUGCUUACUGCCCUGUGACACCCAGGAAGCCAGGUUGGUUGCAUGGAAGCUCCAGUUGUUCAUCAGUGAAUGCAGCAGAUCAAAAGAUUUGCACCGGUGUCUCAAAUACACAACCUUUGGCUUUCAUUUUGUGCAAUACUUCGGCUUCUUCUGGCAACCGUGUUUCCCAGGACAAAUUGCUGUUAUGUGUCGCAGUCUUCAUUUACUGGAGUUGAACUUUUAAAUUAAGUUAAAAGUGUGGAUUAUGGCUUCC